AUGCUUGUAAAAAGAGCUAGUGCUCAGAGUGUGAACCACAAAGUGUUUGUGCGUUCCACUAAGGCUGGAAAUGCCGUGAAGGUUUACCGAGAGCAGUACCUGCGUGACGAUAUUCCUUGCGGGUCGCAGCUCUGCACUCUGUGCGCAGAGAUCAGUGUCCCAGAUGCCAAGGGCGACUUUCCGGUGCCUGUGUUGAGUUCAGCACCCAAUUCCACUACCAAGCGAGGCCCGCAUUAUGUUGUCAUUGACACAAAUGUGGCUCUGAAGGCUAUUGAUUUGCUGGAACACCCGGGCUGUUUGUACGAUGUGAUUGUACCUCAAAUCGUUCUGGAAGAAGUUCGAAAUAGAAGUUUGCCUAUUUACGCCCGCCUGAGAGCACUCACUGCUGGUCAUGAUAAGCGCUUUUAUGUCUUUCAUAACGAGUUUCGCUCAGAGACUCAUGUUGAGCGUACUCCUGGUGAGUCUAUCAACGACAGAAAUGACAGGGCCAUCCGCCGAGUGGCAAAGUGGUAUUCUGAGCAUUUGGCUAAAGUCAAAAAGGCUCCCCAGGUGCUACUGCUAACAAACGAUAAGAAAAACUUGGAGCUGGCUCACAAGGACGGAAUCAACGCAUCAACCUUGCAUAGCUAUAUUGCGGAGUAUAAAGACUCUGGUGAUCUGUUGGACAUCAUCCCCGCUGAGGAAAGUUUCACCAAGGAAUCACAGACCCAGAUCUAUCCCAACUAUUACUCCAGCUCGCAGAUUCUUGCUGGCAUCAAAAAUGGCUUUUUGCAUCAAGGAAAGCUGCAGAUCUCUCGCUACAAUUAUUUGGAGGCCUCCGUGCACACCGAAGCAUACCCCAAGCCGCUUUUGGUUAUUGGUCGUGAGUCGAUGAAUCGUGCCUUCGAUGGUGAUAAAGUUGUGCUAGAGAUCCUUCCCAAAUCUAAAUGGCGCUCUCCACUAAACAAUAUUGCCGAUGAAGAAAACGUUGAUGCGAAUAUUGCUGCCGAAAACGACGAUGGACAAGCUAUUGUAACUGAUGAAGAACGCUCCAUUCUAGCAAAAGAUGCUCUAAAUGCCCAGCAUCACGAAAAGGUGCAACCCACAGCUCGUGUGGUAGGUAUUAUGAAACGCAAUUGGCGCUUCUACGUUGGCCAGGUUGCGCCUGAGAGUGUGAAUGACAAGAUUGAUAGUGGCGCUUUGCGCAGUGUCUUUUUUGUACCGCUUGACAAGCGAAUUCCGCGAAUCCGGAUUCGCAGUCGCAAACCACAGGCCCUUGUCGAUCAGCGUAUCGUUGUGGCGAUUGACGACUGGCCAGUUUAUUCCCGGAGCCCUCAGGGUCAUUUCGUCAGAGCUCUCGGUGAGAUUGAGAGUAAGAGUGCGGAAACAGAAGCAAUUCUACUUGAGCAUGACAUCGAGUACCGCCCGUUCCCCAAGGCUGCUUUGGAUUGUUUACCUCAGGAAGGUCACGAUUGGAAGCCUGGUAUGAACGAUCCGCUGUUCGAGAAGCGUCGUGACUUGAGAGAUCUGCUGAUUUGCUCGAUUGAUCCUCCCCGGUGUCAAGAUAUUGACGAUGCUCUCCACGCGAGAGAACUGCCCAACGGCAAUUACCAAGUUGGUGUCCAUAUCGCUGAUGUCACUCACUUUGUCAAAGCUUCCACACCAUUAGAUGCGGAAGGUGCGUUACGAGGUACUUCAACCUAUUUGGUAGACAAGCGUAUUGAUAUGUUACCGACCCUUUUGGGUACUGAUUUGUGCUCCUUGCGCCCUGACGUUGAGCGCUAUGCCUUCUCAGUUCUGUGGGAGCUUGAUCAAAAUGCUAACAUUGUAAGUGUGGAGUUCACAAAGAGUCUGAUCCGUUCGCGUUAUGCGUUCGAGUACGAAGAGGCCCAGGCGCGUAUCGAUGAUGCUUCGCAACAAGACGACCUUACAAAGGGGAUGCGAGCGCUUCUAAAGCUUUCAAAGAAGCUCAAACAAAAGCGUCUUGACGCCGGUGCUUUGAACCUGUCUUCCCCCGAAGUCAAGGUCAUGACCGAUAGUGAAACAUCCGAUCCCAGCAGUGUCGAACUGAAGAAUGUUGUGGAUACAAUGUCGUUGGUCGAAGAGUUCAUGUUGCUCGCGAAUAUUACUGUUGCUCGCAAAAUCUAUGAUGCAUACCCCCAAACUGCCAUGCUUCGUCGUCAUGCUGCCCCACCUGCGACUAAUUUUGAUAUUCUGAACGACCAACUUCGUCUGAGAGGCCAACCUCAGAUCGACUUGGAAUCCUCAAAAACUUUGGCCGACAGCUUGGACAGAAUUCAGGAUCCCAACGAUCCUUACUUUAAUACCCUUGUGCGCAUCAUGGCAACAAGGUGUAUGAUGGCUGCCGAAUACUUUGCCGCUGGUAACUUUGCUCAACCUGAAUUCCGUCAUUAUGGUCUCGCAUCUGAAAUUUAUACUCAUUUCACGUCCCCCAUUCGACGCUAUGCUGAUAUUGUUGCCCAUAGACAGCUUGCUGGAGCAAUUGGCUAUGAAAGUUUGCAUGCCUCUCACUAUAUGAAAAAUAAGCUGGAUGGUAUUUGUGAUAACAUCAACAUGCGGCAUCGUAACGCACAGCUGGCUGGCAGAGCAUCUAUUGAAUACUAUGUUGGUCAGAUGCUCAAAGACAACGAGUCGUUGCAAGAAGGAUAUGUGAUUCGCGUUUUCUCCAACGGCUUCGGUGUUCUAGUCCCGCGCUUCGGUCUCGAGAGCGUAGUCUAUCUCCAAGACAUCUGCAACCCUGACGAAGCAGAACUGGAUGAAGAUACUUACACCUUGAAAAUUAUGCAGGAUGGCAAGUCUCGCUCCAUCACCGUAUUUGACACUAUCAAGGUGUUUGUAAAAUCCGUCAAGGACAAUAAAGGUAAACGCCAAGUCAAGAUGCUGCUUGGUUAA